AUGGCUACUCCAGCAUCCCAGGUCAGUGUUGUACCAGGUUCUUCGGCCUUUUCCGAUUUCCGUCGUCAGGCAUUGGCUUCCCAAAUCGGCGCCCAGGACGUUCAGGGACAAUAUAUCCAUUACAUCGAGCUCACUGGCUCCUUGGACUCGGAGAGCAAUGCUCUCAUUGAGAAACUUCUGACCUAUGGUGACAAUGUCUUCCAUGAGGAAAAAGAAUCCAGUUCACACAAAGUCCUCCACGUUUUGCCCCGGUCUGGCACUAUCUCCCCGUGGAGUACCAAAGCAACCAGCAUUGCCCAUGUCUGUGGACUCCGCAAGGUUGUUGGGAGAAUAGAAAGAGGAGUCAAGAUUACGGUCCAGCUCAAAGACGGAUCUUCCCUGGAUCCAUCGACACUUGACUUCUUACAUGAUCGCAUGACAGAAACCAUUUCAGAGGGUGAACCUCAACUCGAACUCUUAUUCCUUCAUCAGGAAGCUGGUACACUGGGCACUUACGAUCUAUAUAGCGACGGUAAAUCCCCUACUCAGAUCAUUCAAGAGCUUAACGUACAGCUUGGCCUUGCCUUGGACGCUUCUGAGAUACAGUAUCUGGCCGAGGCAUAUUCUCACGACGGCCCCGUUCCGAGGAAUCCCACAGAUGUUGAGCUUUUCAUGUUUGCUCAAGUCAAUUCGGAACAUUGCCGACAUAAGAUAUUCAACGCGUCUUGGACAAUUGAUGGCCAACCCAAGACAAAUUCUCUCUUUGGCAUGAUCAGAAACACUCACAAACAGACUCCUGAAGGAACCAUCAGUGCCUAUAGUGAUAACGCGGCCGUGCUGAAAGGCAGUGAAGGGACUCAUUGGGCACCUGAUUUACACUCUGGCCAGUGGAAAUCGACAAAGGAAAUGGUGCAUUUCCUCGCAAAGGUUGAGACUCACAACCACCCCACUGCGGUAUCUCCUUUUCCAGGAGCUGCCACAGGAUCGGGUGGUGAAAUCAGAGAUGAAGGUGCCACAGGUCGCGGUUCUAAACCUCAGGCAGGGCUUGCAGGGUUUUGUGUCUCUGAUCUCCUUAUUCCCGACCACCGUCAACCAUGGGAACUCGAUUACGGUAAACCUCAUCAUAUCGCAAGCAGUUAUGAUAUAAUGCUCGAAGCACCAUUAGGGAGUGCUGCCUUCAACAACGAAUUUGGUCGACCUUGUAUUGUCGGCUACUUCCGAACGUUGCUCACAGAAAUGCAGACCGGAAAAGAUUCAAGUGAGAUCAGGGGUUAUCACAAACCGAUCAUGAUUGCAGGUGGCAUCGGUGUCGUAAGACCACAGUUUGCCAUCAAGGACCCGGCCCUCGUCAAAGAAGGCGCUUUUCUUAUCGUGAUGGGAGGCCCAGCAAUGCUGAUUGGUCUGGGAGGUGGUGCUGCUUCAAGUAUUGCAUCGGGAGAGGGAUCCGCCGACCUCGACUUUGCAAGUGUUCAACGAGGCAACCCAGAGAUGCAACGACGAGCGCAAGAAGUUAUUGAUGCUUGUGCGGCUCUCGGCUCCCAAAACCCAAUCCUUUUCAUUCACGAUGUCGGAGCAGGUGGUCUGUCAAAUGCUCUACCAGAAUUGGCCAAAGAUUCAGGUGUUGGCGCUGACUUUGAGCUUCGUGAAGUCGACUGUGCUGACAAAAGCAUGAGUCCUCUACAAAUAUGGUGCUGCGAAGCUCAAGAAAGAUACGUUCUGGCAGUUGCACAAGAGGGGAUGAACCGAUUCAAAUCUAUUGCUAAGCGUGAGCGCUGCGAGAUUUCUGUGGUUGGUCGAGCUACCAAUCAACAAACCAUCAAACUUACAGACCGCUUCAACCCUGCAACAGAUGGGCGACAAGAUCCUAUCGAUCUUCCAAUGGAUGUACUUUUCGGGAAGCCCCCAAAGAUGACUCGAGAUGUCACUUCUCGCAAAGUGAAUCUCCCUGGAUUCGAUACUAGCUUGAGCUUGUAUGUUCCACAGGCAUCGACAGAUGGCCUGCUUGAAGAAGCAAUAACUAGAGUUCUGCAAAUGCCUGCCGUUGGUUCGAAGUCAUUUUUAAUCACGAUUGGUGACAGAACUGUCGGUGGUAUGGUAGCCCGAGAUCAGAUGGUCGGCCCCUGGCAGGUGCCCGUAUCGAACGUUGGUGUCACAGCGACAUCGCUCACUGCGGGUAUCAAGACUGGUACUGCCAAAGCAAUGGGAGAAAAACCGACUCUUGCCUUGAUCUCUCCUGCUGCCUCUGCGCGCAUGGCAGUUGCGGAGUCGCUCAUGAAUCUCACAGCUGCCGACCUUCCGGAUCGUUUGUCGCAGGUUAAACUGUCUGCAAAUUGGAUGUCUGCAACCAGUCAUCCUGGAGAAGGGGCCGCAAUAUACGAGGCUGUCGAAACCCUGGGAAUGGAUUUGUGCCCAAAACUCGGCAUUUCAAUUCCUGUUGGCAAAGACUCAAUGUCAAUGAAGAUGAAAUGGCAAGACUCGGAAUCCAAAGAAGCAAAGGAAGUCACUGCGCCUUUGUCCUUGGUCGUCACUGCAUUUGCCCCCGUUCUCGAUAUCAAGAAGACAUGGACUCCACAACUACGCCGGUAUAGUGAAGUAGGCGAAUCCACCUUGUUCUUCGUUGAUCUCGGGCUUGCACAUCGUGCCAUGGGAGGUUCAAUCCUCGCUCAGGCCUUCAAACAGAUUGGAGAUGAAUCGCCCAAUAUCCGUUCAGUGAGUCUGUUCCAGGACUUCUUUGACGCUACACAACAGCUACACGAGCAAGAUCUCGUAUUGGCAUACCACGACCGCAGUGAUGGUGGUCUUUUCACCACUCUCGCUGAAAUGUCAUUCGCUGGUCGCUGUGGAAUUGAAAUUAUGAUCAACGAAAUCUGUCCAUCACCAAAAUUGCCGGAUGUCAUCUCUUCCCUCUUCAACGAGGAACUCGGUGCCGUUUUCCAGGUUCGCAAGGAGGAUGAGAAUCGCUUCAAAGCCUGUUUCGCCACUUGCGGGCCACCACCAGGUCUCAUUUUCAAGAUCGGUCGUGUCUCGACGAAAUCAACUCAACAGAAUAUGGCAAUCUACCAUGGAGGCAAACUCGUCUACCGUGCAACUCGAGGUGAGCUUCAACAGAAAUGGGCGAAUACUUCAUACUGGAUGCAGCGAGCUCGUGACAAUCCACUCUGUGCUGACCAGGAGUACGAGUCAAUCCUUGAUGAUGGCAAUCCCGGCAUCUCCUAUCAUCUCACAUAUAAGCCGAAGGAAAAUAUCAACACCUACAAGACUUCGGUUAUCAACUACGUGCGACCCACGGCACGACCUCGGGUGGCCAUUCUGAGGGACCAAGGCAGCAACAGUCAUGCUGAGAUGGCAUUCGCCUUCGAACAAGCCGGCUUCACCACUGUCGACGUGCACAUGUCCGACAUACUAGAUCCGAAACCACAUCAGACUCACCUUGGACUCGAUCACGACCUCUCGUCCUUCACUGGCCUGGCUCUAGUCGGUGGAUUCAGCUUUGGCGAUUGCCUCGGCGCGGGACAAGGCUGGGCGAAAUCCAUCCUCUUCCACCCGGUAACGCGUCGGAAGUUCCAAGACUUCUUCAACCGCACCGACACCUUCACACUCGGCGUCUGCAACGGAUGUCAAGUACUGAGCAAACUCAAGGAACUGAUCCCCGGCGCGGAGAAGUGGCCUUCAUACGAAGGCAAUGAGAGCGAACGGUAUGAAGGGCGCGUGGCGAUGGUAAGGAUCUCGGACCCACCAGCAUCCUCAGGCAUGGCGCCCUCCGUCUUCUUCCACGGCAUGGCCGGUACCGCUCUGCCCAUCGCAGUCGCGCACGGGGAGGGCCGGGCCAGCUUCGUCUCGAGUUCCAGCGAGGGCUCCUCCUCCGCCAGCACGCGCAAAGCACAGGACGCAGCGCUCGCACACGACUUUGCGGCCUCGCACCUCGCCCCGAUCCGAUAUGUCGACAACAAGACCCUCUCCCCUACCACCGCAUAUCCAUACAAUCCAAACGGCAGCCCUGAGGGUAUUGCAGGCAUGCGCAGCGUCGACGGUCGUGUGCUUGCCCUCAUGCCGCAUCCUGAGCGGACUGUCCUGGGCGGUGUGGGCAGCUAUAUUCCCGAUGGCAAGGCCGAGGAAUGGGGUGAGUACGGCCCAUGGGCGAGAUUGUUCCAGAGCGCGAGAAGAUGGGUUGGUUAG